AUGAACGGCCACGUCCGCCACGUCGUCGCCACGUGCUUCCUACUCGUCGCGAUCGUCAGCCUUACCAGCGGUCAGCUAAUGUCAAAGGAGCAUCGAACGUACGCGGCUUCCGAAAAAGCGAAUGACUUGUGGUGCUAUCAGUGCGAUACCAUGGACGACGGCGAUAGAUGCUCCAAUAUAACCGGCAAUUUCAGCUCUUUCAAGCACAAGUGCAUGGACGACAAAAGGAUCUGCAUGGUGAAGCGCUUUUCCUACACGACUAGCACCGAGAACUCGACCUCUAUGCCGCAAACGUGGUCCAUGGAGAGAAACUGCACGAACAAAUGCGACCCGGGAUGCAUCGUGAUCGGCGAACGCACCAAGCUGUACGCCUGCACCGCCUGUUGCGAGACGCAUCUGUGCAAUACCGGUACUGGCACUGCCAACGACCUAACGAUCAAGGAAAUCGACCUCCUGCUGGCCCUCACGCUCCAAGCUGUCCUGACCGUUAUCAUGUACCCGACGUGACAGUAGUAAUAAAGUCUCUAGUUGCAAUUUACCCUGCCCCCCUCCUGCCCUCCUCAGGCUAACCUAACCUAACAAUUCACCGACUCACCGGCAUCUUGCGCGAUGGAACUUGCGCUUGUAGAUGUGAGAUUUUGGUCGUGUAUUCUCGAGUCUCUGCGAUCUCGCAUCUAUAGCAAAGUCACAGAAAAGAUUCACUUGAAACUGAAUGGAGAAUAAAUAAAGAGGAGAAUUUACGAAGAUUA